ACUAGCUAUAGUUGUUGUUGUUGUUUGCUUUGAUUUGAAACAGAAGAAGAGUAGCUUAGCUUCUACUUGUUCUAUUCUAUUCUAUUCUAUUCUUUUCUUUACUCUCUCCACACUCCUCCACUCAACAAAACUCUUUAAAAAUAAAACCCACUAUCUUCUCUCUUUCAUUCUUCUUCUUCUUCUUCUUCUUUGGCGUGUGAAAAUGGAGAGGAACACACCGGUGAGAAAACCACACACUUCAACUGCAGAUCUACUUGUUUGGUCUGAAACUCCAAUCAAUGAUUCUCCAGCUCCUCCUUCUUCUAACACUCGUUCUCAUCAGCCGUCGGAUGGGAUCAGUAAGGUGGUGUUUGGAGGUCAGGUUACUGAUGAAGAGGUUGAAAGCUUAAACAAACGAAAGCCUUGUUCGGAGUAUAAGAUGAAGGAGAUUACUGGUAGUGGAAUAUUUGUAGCCAAUGGAGAAGAUGAGGCCCCAGAGGAUGGCAGUGCUAACCCUUCAGCAAAUAAAACCGGAAUUCGCAUGUACCAGCAAGCUAUUGCUGGAAUCAGUCAUAUCUCCUUUGGCGAGGAAGAGAGUGUUUCGCCAAAAAAGCCUGCUUCCUUGCCUGAGGUGGCCAAGCAGCGUGAGCUCAGUGGAACUAUGGAAAGUGAAGACAAUAAGUUGAACAAGCAGCUUUCUGAUGCAAAGUGCAAGGAGCUUAGUGGUCAUGACAUAUUUGCUCCACCACCAGAAAUCAAACCUCGGCCAAUUACUCCUCGCAUACUGGAGUUGAAAGGGAGCAUAGGCCUUGGAGAAAGCCAUGGUGAUGGAGAUCAAGAUGCAACAACAGGGGAACCUGUUCUGAAAACAGCAAAGAAGAUUCUUAACCAGAAAUUUGCAGAACUGUCAGGAAACAACAUAUUUAAAGGCGACUCUCCACCUUUGGCUGCUGAGAAAUCAUUGAGUGGGGCAAAACUUCGAGAGAUAAGUGGGAGUAACAUCUUUGCUGAUGGGAAGGCGGAGUCUAGAGACUAUCUAGGAGGUGUACGGAAGCCGCCUGGUGGCGAGAGCAGCAUUGCGCUGGUAUAAUUUGUUAGGUCUAACUUAUUUCAUAUACUGUUCUUUGUUUUGGUUUUAAUUAAUUUUUAGUGGGGAUGUGUUAUUAAUAUUAUUUGACCUUGUAUUUCUGGGUUUUGGGAAUUUGCCUUUUAGGUUCCUUGAUUAAUAUCUUGACCAAAAAGGACCAUUGCUAAUUGGUUGUUUGUUCAUAAUCAUGUGUUUUCUUCCGUGCUUGCUUAAUGAAGUGAUUUGGACUGUUUACUCCA